AUGGCCGCCACGUCCGUACCCACCGCGAACAUGAGCGCCGAUGAGAUGGAAUCGCAUUACUUCAAAACGAACCCACCUCCCGCUCAUCUCCAAACCCAUAUUUCCAUUGCGCGGGCGUUUAUAAAUAAACAUGUGGAGGCAAAUCGGCGCGUGGUUUUGGUCACCUCUGGCGGAACCACAGUGCCUCUUGAGACGCAGACGGUUAGGUUUAUAGACAACUUUUCCGCCGGAACUCGUGGCGCUACGUCAGCCGAAUAUUUCCUGCAAGCGGGCUAUGCUGUGAUAUUUCUACAUCGACAGUUUAGCUUGCUCCCCUAUUCACGACAUUAUAGCCACUCGACCAACUGUUUCCUGGAUUUCAUGGAUGAAGCUCAAGGGGAACCGGCCCCUUCGAAGAUAUCACCGACAGCUGGCGAAAAGAAUUCUCAGCAUGGGCCCAUCAUUGUCCGCCCGGAAUACCAAGAUGAGAUGCGUCAAGUUCUCCGACAAUAUCGAUUUGCCAAAGAUAACAAUCUUCUCCUCCUAUUGCCCUUCACCACGAUCACUGAGUAUUUGUAUGAACUCCGCUCAAUAGCGAAUCUUAUGAAACCGCUCGGUGCCAAUGCCCUUUUCUACCUUGCCGCUGCAGUAUCCGACUUUUUUAUUCCUCGCGAUAGAAUGGCGGAGCACAAGAUUCAAUCUUCGAAUGAAAUUCCCAUUCCUGCUCAACAAUGCACCGGACCCGACUCCACCUCCGCUAUACCUCCAGACGACAUCUACACUGGCUUCAACGACUCCGACGCCGUUCCAAAACAACACAAGAAGCUUAUCGUCGAUCUCGACCCCGUCCCAAAGUUCCUCCAACGUCUGGUCAGCGGCUGGGCGCCAGAAGGUUCAAUGAUCGUCAGCUUCAAACUCGAAACCGACCCUACUCUCCUGGUCCUAAAAUCUGAACAGGCACUCAAGCGCUACUCUCAUCAUCUCGUCAUUGGUAAUCUCUUAUCCAAUCGAAAAUGGGAGGUUGUUUUCGUUAGCCGGAAGCCUGAUGGAAGCCUCCAAGAGCGGUGGAUCCGAAUCCCUAGGCCCAGACGGAGUGUUAGUGGAGCUUUGCCGGGAAUGAGUGCGGGGCUAGAAGGUCACUUACUGUCGUCAGCGGCAGCUGCAGCCACGCGGACGGAUGAGCAUCUCACCAAGGACAUCGAAAUCGAGAGUAUCAUCAUCCCAGAACUGAAGAAGAUGCAUUUUGUAAUGAUCGAAAGAGCAAGGUUACGCAACAGUGAAGUGAAAUAG